AUGUCGCAGUCACACAACUACAGCUGGGUCGACCCGAACCUGCAUGACGGGAAUCGGCUCUGUGCUCUUCGUGGCCACCGCCCAUGUACCUGUGCAGGGCUUUAUCUAGAGCCCACACGUCACUUUGCAAACAGCAGCAUCAUGAAUCAGUCUUCCACAUAUCACCAACCCACUAUCGCUCCAUGGUACAACUCGAACUGGUGUCAAUCGGAUUCUUUGGCUCAAGUUCCAAUUCCCAGUUCCUCCCAAUGGAAUCCAUCUGUGGGGUACAACCCCGCCGACCCCCUGAAUAUGAGCAUUUUCGGUACCGGUCACAGUCCCAUGCAUGACAAAUCCAACCUCGUUGCUGCCAUCCAAUCUUCGCCUGUGCAAGUGUACGCACCCCUAGGCAACACUGGUUACGCCCAGUCAGAGGAACAAUCUAUCUAUUACGGGAGCCCGGCAGAGCAACACGUCGCGCAGGAUCCUCAAUUCCCUCUGCCGUGUUACUGGGGUGGCCCCAAACACGGCUUGUUCCCCAACUUUGAAUCGCUCAUCAAUCAUCUGAAAACGGACCAUAUUGAUCCGCAAUACCAGGCACAGCCAAACCAGGCGUAA